AUGGAGUUCAAUAUCACUCUUCUGCAUGCCCAGGCCAUUAGGCUAGUUGUGUCCUUGUCAAGCCGAUGGAUAUGGACAGUCAUCCUACUACUUCUUGCUGUUUUCAUUUUCCAGAAUGUUCUCUUUUCCAAGACGCCCUCUGUCCCCGUUAUAUUCUCCGAGAUCAAGGAUGUCCGAGCACGUAAGCUGCGUUAUUUGAACUCUCCUCGAGAAACGCUUAAUGCCGGCUACAAAAAGUUCGGGGACGUCAUUUGGGGCCUAGACACCUCUCAAGGAAUCAAGCUCGUACUGGCAACAACCUAUCUCGACGAACUCAAAUCUCAUCCUGCUCUUAGCUUCACAGCGUCCAUCACCCAUGAUGGUAUGAAAUCGUACACCGGUAUUGGGGGCCUUCCUGACGACGUCGUUCAGAUUUUCAAGGCCAAGUUUAACCCAUCAAUUGCUGAAUUUAUUCCAUACCUAUAUCAUACUUUUGAGAGAGAUAUUACAUCUGUGUUCCCUCUCAAUCGGGAAUGGACGGAAACGGAUGUCUAUAACAGGGUCAGUAAGCUCGUUUGCGUUGUCUCCACCAAGGCGUUCUACAGCGAUGCUGCGAGCCGAGAUGAUGAGUGGUUGAGCCUGGCUCCGGAGUACAUCGCCACAGUUUUGGACUACCUGCUUGCUUUGAAGCAAUGGCCCGGAGCUCUUCGCCCUAUCAGCCGAUUUCUCAUCCCUCAAAGAGCUGUCAUUGUGAAACAAUGGGAGAAAGCUCACGCCCAUUUAUCUGCCGCCCUUCGCGCGAAAAAAGCCGGCGUGCGAAACGAUCCACCCUCAUUAUUCGACCAUAUCGUUGAUACGAAGCCCAAUGUUGCGGUGGACGAACUGAUCCAUACUCAAAUGGCACUCGUCGUCGCCGGGAUACACACUACUGCUGCUGGUCUCACGCAAUUGCUCUUUGAUAUGGCGGCUCAUCCAGAGGAGACCAAAAUGCUCCGUGAGGAGGCUACUGCAGUCUAUCAUGACGUAUUACAACUAAGGCUAUAUCAAGCCUAUACCAGUAUACGAGGUGUUUGCCGCCUACGAGGUUCAUUAUGCAUACCACUACAUGCAGCAAGGAGUCUACAUUCGCAAAAUUGUUGUCUACUACGCAGCGAUAACGGACAGUUGGCGUUACCCACAAUCCGCGCAGCCCCUAGGAGAGAGUAUGUCUUUGAUCCUGAAGCCUCUUAUUUACUGAUUAGUGACCUCGGCCGCUCAGUUCCUGUUUGGAUGGCCCAGCGCGGAGCACGCAACUUGGUCUUUCUAUCGCUAAGCGCGGGGUGUCGAGUCAAGGUCGUGGCCAGUAGUAUGGCCUGCAUGGCGGAUGUUUGCCGUGCCAUGCGUGAGGCUAGAACUCGGGUUAAGGGCAUCAUCCUUAUAGCCAUAGCACUUCAUGACCAAGCAUUCGCAAGCAUAAGCCUUGAUAACUGGAAGGGUGCCACCGAAUCGAUAAUCGCGGGCUCGUGA